UCCUCAUAAUCCUUUUAUGACGUCCAUGUCAGCCUUCCUGAUAAGUCCGACUUGGUACAGGACCUCUAUAAAAGCAGAUGACUGGACUUGGUUCUUCAUUGGUUCCAGUUUUUCACACCAAAAGACACAGUACCUCCAGACACCUACGAAAAUGCGUGGAUUGAUCGUGUUUACCGCCCUGUUGGCUGUUGCCUAUGGCAUCGCUCCUCUCCAGCGUGCCAAGGAAACCAUCAAGGGAAAGUACCUUGUUAUGAUCGACGAUAGCGUUGACGUGACUGAGUUCGGUGCCCGUCUUUCUUCAGCUUUCUCUGCCCGUCGCUUCAGGCUCGCCAAGGUCCUCAAGACCUUCAAGAACAUGCAGACCCUCUCACUCGAGCUCAGCGAAGAUGCCGUUGAGUUCCUCCGCAGGUUCGAUGGAGUCGUACACGUUGAGGAAGAUGGUAUUGUCCGCACUCAGGCCGUCGCCUCAUGGGGUCUUGACCGUAUUGACCAGAGGAACCUUCCUCUUGAUAACUCCUACAACCCAAUGAACUCUGGUGCUAAUGUGAACGUGUACGUGGUCGACACCGGUGUGUGGCCCACCCACAACGACUUCGGAGGUCGUGCAGUCGCCGCAUACGAUGCCGUCGGAAACAACAACGGAGUUGACUGCAACGGUCACGGUACCCAUUGCGCUGGAACCGUCGCUGGAACCAACUACGGAGUCGCCAAGAACGCCAACAUCUACGGAAUCCGUGUUCUUGGAUGUCUCGGAUCCGGAUCCAACUCUGGAAUCAUCGACGGAAUGGACUGGGUUGUAUCUAACGGUCGUCGUCCAGCAGUUGUCUCUAUGUCUCUCGGAGGUGGUGCCUCCAGCACUACCGAUGCUGCCGUCAAGCGCAUGUACGAUGCUGGGUUCACCGUCUCUGUCGCCGCUGGUAACAGUGAUGAAGAUGCUUGCGGAACCUCUCCAGCCAGGUCUGGAUAUGCCCUGACCGUUGGUGCCACCGAUGACACCGAUGCCCGUGCCUACUUCUCCAACUAUGGCUCCUGCCUCGACAUCUUCGGACCUGGAGUUGACAUCACCUCUGCCUGGAAGGGAUCUGACAGUGCUACCAGUACCAUCAGCGGUACAUCCAUGGCCUGCCCACACGUCUCAGGAGUUGCUGCUCUUAUCCUUGCCGCCAGCCCAAGCAUGUCUCCAUCUUCCGUCUACAGCUCUAUCCUCAGCUCCGCCACCAGCGGUAAGGUGACCGACAGUGGCCGGCGCUCACCCAACCUCCUCCUCUUCACCAACUAAAUCAAAACAACAAUGGCUCAAAGGAUAUUCAAAUUAAAUAGAAUGAACGUUGUUUUUAGAAAUGUGAAAAUAUCUCAUGUAAUGAUAAUGUAAUUAAAGAUAAAUGAAUCGAUAAAUCUUCAAAAAGAAUUGUGUAAAACAUGA